GGUCACGGGACUGAAGAACCAGAAAUCCAAGAUGGCGGACCAAAAGGUUUCACAUCUCUCACUUUUUAUCGCAAUUUUUCUUGUGAUUUUUCUAUCUGUUGGUGUACUAGGGAUUCCUAAUGAUGUUAGACAUGCCUUUAUCAUCAAGGAACCAGCCAAGGCCACUGCGGCUUCCAUGCUGUCUAUCACUCAUGCACCCAACUAUGUCUCCUUCCUAAAAGAUGCUGGACCAAUCCCUUCCAAUGAGAUAUCUAGCAUUAAUACACUGGCUCUUGGGUUCUCUGUACCUAAGGAUUUAACUUGGGCUGGUCUAAUGGCAGGGGAUAUGUUCAGACGUCCUAAAGCAAGAAUCCUGAUCGCUGUAGAUGGGGUUUUACAAGAUGAUAGCUUAAAUGUUCCUGCACAAGUUUCUUUUCCCAUCCAAGAGACCGAUGAAGUUUCUGGUUUAGAUGGGAUGCUUUCUCAACUGAAUGCCUUGAAAGAAAACUUAGCUACUCAUAUUUCGAAGAUUUUUGGUGGUAGAUCUUUGACGUUGUCAGUCUCUGCUGAUCCUAUGCUCGCUGCGUUCGGAUCUGGUGCAGGGAUGAACAGCCAUACAAUGCACUACAACCAAGACAAGAAAAAAUUCCUUUUAACAGAUGACGAUAAUGCUGGGAUAUUUCAAGAUUUACAGCGUGACAAGAACCAGAUUCUUUCCGAGUUGGAGAAAAAUAAUUUUGGAAAUGGAGUAAAGUUUUCUAAAGAUUCCCAUGUCAUUACUGUGGCUGUCCCUGGACAAGGAAAUGCAGUUUUUGAUUUAAAUAAACAGGGAUUUAAAAGAACGAUAUCCUGAGGUGGUCGGUGAAAUCUUUCAUCACUUGGAACCUCAUCUUGCUUCAGAUUCUGUUGAAUCCUUCAGCCAACACUUGCCAAGCGUGAACUUUAAGCAUGAUAUGGAUAAUACUAUCAUGGAAACGUUAUGCGAUUCUCUUCAUAAUAAACUACUUAAUAUGCAAUCAAAACUCAAGGUUGAUUGCCUUGGCAGUUCAGUGCUGCACAGAACCAGACGUGAUGUAGACGAUGAACCCGGGACUUUCUCAUCUGGGAAUUUCUCCGCCUUAAAUGUGGCAUACAACUACACACCUUUCUACUCCAUCAUUUUCAACAUUUGGUUGUGGCUCUUUAUCGCUUUGGUCCUGACUGUGUACGUUAUUGCUUUGGUGCUCUGGUACAUGGACCCUGGACGGGAUAGUAUCAUAUAUAGAAUGACAAGCCAAAGAAUGAAGACUGAAUAAUGACCUUACAAUAAAAUGUCCCUAUUCAAUUAUGUUCCAUUAUAGGUCUUAAGAGGACCCUCUAUGGCACCUCUUUUCUUGGCACUUUAGAACAACGUUUUUGCCUUUCUAGGAUAUUACAUUUUUUAAUUAAAUAAAAUCGACGAAUUUUGUUAACUUUAAAUGGUAUGGAUAGUCAUGGAUAAUUAAAAGCACAUAUUAUAAAGCUU